AUGAAAAUAUUAAUCUAUUUAGUCAGUUGCUUGCUAAACCAAUAUGUAAGUUCUGAAAUACGAGGCAGUGUUAUUGUGAACAAGAUCCUAAGUCUGCAUGAUGACUAUCAACAUAAACCACGUGUUCAAACGUUUGCUCCAACAUAUAACAGAAAAACAAAAAAGGAAAUAGUCAAGCUUACUGAUGACAAGCUCAAAAAAGUGAAGCCAGUUGGUAACGAGGUGAAGCAGAACUUCGUUCCCUUGACAGAAAUACCCCCGCCCAGCGUCCACCGAGGCCAUGGCCGUCGACACUUGGAGCAGGACUGUACUAAGAAACCGGAGUGGCAAGAAGUGCACGGCGGUCCUAAAAUAGAAAUCAUUGGAGACUACUACGAAGAAGAUCAUGCGAAGACCGUUGCUACUGUGGUCAUACCGGAUCAUAUUGAUUAUAAACAUUUCGAAAUAACAACUCAAAUACCGUACUUAACGGUUGGUUUGAUUGAGGCGAUCGGUUACCAUCCUCGCGUGAUAAAGAGUGAACAUCCGAGCGAAUGCGAGAAGAUCUACCAGGACCAUCUUGAAGAACAAUAUUCAGAGGAAUCGGAUGAUUAUUCUGAGGAAUCCAUGGAGGUUGCUCGCAUGCCUCUCUUCCCCGGUGGAGCGAUUCCAGAUUCAGACGAAAGGAAACUGGAAAAUAUCUACAGCGAUUUGGAUUGA